GUCCUGGGUGGCUUCCGGCCGCCUAAGCUCAGCGUUUUACGGAGGGAAACUGCUGCUGUCGCCGAGAGAAUCCUGACCCGGCCGCUCGCGUGUGGCCAUGUGGAGGCUGCUGGCGCGCGUCCCCGCGCCGCUCCUGCGAGUGCACUUUUCAGAUUCUUGGGCAGCCCUUCCCACCAGUGCUGGUCUGAAGACCCUCCUCCCGGUGCCAACUUUUGAAGAUGUCUCCAUCCCUGAAAGGUCCAAGCUUAAAUUUGUUGAAAGGGUGCCACUUGUGCCAAAAGUAAGAAGAGAACCUAAAAAUCUGAAGGACAUACGCGGACCCUCAACUGAAGCCACUGAAUUUACAGAAGGCAAUUUUGCAAUUUUGGCACUAGGAGGUGGUUAUCUCCACUGGGGCCAUUUUGAAAUGAUGCGCCUGACAAUCAACCGCUCUAUGGACCCCAGGAACAUGUUUGCCAUAUGGCGAGUGCCAGCCCCUUUCAAGCCCAUCACUCGCAAAGGUGUCGGGCAGCGCAUGGGGGGAGGCAAAGGUGCCAUUGAUCACUAUGUGACCCCUGUGAAGACUGGCUGCCUCAUAGUAGAGGUGGGUGGACGCUGUGAAUUUAAGGAGGUCCAGGGUUUCCUGAACAUGGUGGCCCACAAGCUGCCCUUUCCAGCAAAGGCUGUGAGCCGUGAGACUCUAGAAAAGAUGCGCCAAGAUCAAAAAGAAAGAGAACGUAACAACCAAAAUCCCUGGACCUUUGAGCGCAUAGCCACGGCCAACAUGCUUGGCAUACGGAAAUUCCUGAGCCCAUAUGACUUGACACAGAAAGGGCAAUAUUGGGGCAAAUUCUACCUGCCGCAGCGUGUGUAGAGGAAGCACAGACUCCUGAAACUGAGUCUGCGUCUCUGCCGUCUUUAGAGUCUGGUGAUUCUUGGAUCGUAACUGGGCACAUGAGCAAGGGACUUGUGAAAAGCUGAGCUGUCAGAUUGUUUCUAUUAAAGUGUGAGUGUAACUCGA